AUGAGGCUGACGGCUGACCUGUUGUUCCAGGCGCCGACGUAUGUUAAUGCCAUUAAGGAUCGCGAGUUGUUGUUGAGGAGCCAUCGUAUUCCUCUGAUAGAAAAUCUUGGAAUCACAAAGGAUCUUAAUGAUGUGAUAGAUCUGUCUGAUAAUGAUAUCAGGAUUAUCGGCAAUUUCCCCAAGAUGACGAGACUGAAGGGUCUUUUAUUGUCUCAGAAUAGGAUAUCAAAUAUCCAGGCGAAUAUUUCAGAACUGCUACCAAAUCUGGAAUCACUGAUACUGACGGCUAAUUCGCUGUCGCAGCUGGCUGACCUUGAUCCGCUGGCGGGGUUCUCCAAACUUGAGCAUCUGUCUCUGGUUGAUAACCCAGUUACUGCCAGAGACCAUUAUCGUUCUUAUAUUAUUUGGAGAAUUCCCAGUUUGCGAGUGCUUGAUUUCGAAAAGAUUAAAGAUUCAGAGAGAAAGUUCGCUGCACAACUGUUUGGCACGGUUUCUGCUCCUACUGAACUGGCCUCUCAGAUCAUGAAAACCAAGACAGCAACUUCAAAAGUGGAUCUUGGACGUGGUGCAUCCGCGUCUAUAGUGAAAUUGACAGACGAAGACAAGGCAAAACUCAGAGAGAGUCUCAAAAAUGCAACGAGUUUGGCUGAAAUUGAUAGAAUCGAAAAGGCACUACGGACAGGUGUGCUAUGA